UAUUUCUGGCUGUUGAUCUGCUGAGAGAUACAAUACGAUACAAUUUAUGAACCAUCAAAAAAACACAUCAACAUAAAUCAUUUUCUUGCAAUGUCCAGCUCAAGAUGUUAAAUAUGUAGUGGUCACCUUUGUCAGAGUGCUUGUAAUGCGUUGCUGGGUCCUGUACUCUUUUCUAACCUAAGUAUUUUACAUUGUAGAAUUAUUUUCUUUUAUGUUUAUGUCAUGUUAACUGUAAUUGUAUUGUUUAAGUGAUUGAUUGUAUGCGCUCUGGGGGUCGGCUUGCUUGUAUAUAUGUCACUUAUUACUAUUAUUAUUAUUUACACCUGUACCAACAUGUUACACCUGUUAUUUCUGUACAACAGGUACAAAACUCAUAUCUGCCAAACAAUUGUUUUGGGUUUUUGUGAAGGGACAGGUUUAGAUAGGAGAAUGUAAUGUAAAUGUUCAUAUUUUAUUGUUUAUAAAUGUUUGUUUUAGCGCAAAAUGCUUGUGGUAAUCAUCUCUGCCAGAAUGGAGGUGCUUGUAACGCUGUUGCUGGUUCCUGCACUGAUUAUACCUGUACCUGUCCAGCUUGCUUCACUGGAACAUUUUGUACAACAGGUGUUGAUGCUUGUGCUAAUCAUAUCUGCCAGAAUGGAGGAGCGUGUAAUGCUGUUGCUGGUUCCUGCACUAAUUAUACCUGUACCUGUCCAGCUUGCUUCAAUGAAACAUUUUGUCAAACAGGUGUUGAUGCUUGUGCUAAUCAUCUUUGCCAGAAUGGAGGAGCAUGUAAUGCUGUUGCUGAUUCCUGCUCUGAUUAUACCUGUACCUGUCCAGCUUGCUUCACUGGAACAUUUUGUACAACAGGUACUAAUGUUUGUGAUAACAACCUCUGUCAGAAUGGAGGUGCUUGUAAUGCUGUUGUUGGUUCCUGUACUGAUUACAUCUGUACCUGUCCAGCAUGUUAUUCUGGAACUUUCUGUGAAACAGGUGCGAGUGCUUGUGAUAAUCAUCGUUGUCAUGUUAAUGCUACCUGUCUUGCUCUUGAAGUACCUGGUACCUGUUCUAACUACCUCUGUAUGUGUCCUCCAUGUUACUAUGGUCAAUACUGUGAAACAGAAUUGGUUGAUAUCUGUAUGCACAGCAAAUGUGUAAAUGGAGGAACCUGUGUUGCUGAUGCUGAUAACUGUAUUCUUUAUACUUGUGAUUGUCCUCCUUGUUUCACUGGUAGUCUCUGUCAAUUAAGUAAAACUGAAGUAUUGUGA